GACGGCGCUAGGGUAGUGACCCGACUAUGCGCUUGUUUUCUGCGGCGACGGCGGAUCGGGAUUCAUUAGGGAAGACGGAGAUCUCUCUUUGGGUGUAUGACGGAGGUUUCGAUUGUGGUUUUAAAUCGGUUUCACUGGUUAAUUUGGCAACAGAGGUUUAUUGCCGACGGUUUCAACGGAGAUUCUUGAUUCAGGUGAUUCUUGAGUCAAAGUGGAGCUUCAGUGUGUGGAUCUAUGGGUAUCGAAGGUUUUUCAAGGUUAUGGAGUGGCUCUCGAUUAGGGUUGAUGAUCGGAGACUCUUGAUCCGGUUGUUUAUCGGGUCAAAUGGGAUUCCCAGAGGGUGGAUUCAUGGGUAUCGAUGGAUUCUAAAGGCUACGGAGUCGCUUUCGAUGAUAUUCGGUGACCUCUGUUUAGGAUUGAUGAUUGUUUUCCGGUCUAUGAGGAUCUGGAAUCAGGAAGAAUCGGAAGGUUGUUGUGUUUUCCGAUUUGGUUUCAAGGCUAAGCAGUGGGGUCUGGUCCCGGGGAGAGAUUUGAAGGCAUACGGGGCUCUUUUGGGAUUUUUGAUUGAUGUUUUGUUGGCAUUGGGUCUGUGUGCAUUGGUAUGGUUAGACAUGUUGGUUCCCGGUGGUGGUCGCUAUUUGUUUAGUUUGGUUUUGGGCUGCGGAUCAAAGAUUCUUUCGGUUGAAAACGAUCGAAAAGAGACGGUUAGAUCGAGGAGUUUUUAACAGAUGGUUGUUCAAUAAUAGGAAUGGGAGGGCUUUGAUUUCUUUUCAAAGGGCUAGUGUGGCUGGUCAUAAUUUUUCUAAAAGGUAUGAUGUUGGUCGAUUGUGUUUGGAUUUUGAGUGUAUGGAGUUGAGUUUCAAAGGUUUUAACAAACGGUUUUACUACGG